AAUCAAACAAAAUGACGUAUGAUACGCAGACAAGUUCACGUUCUCAAAAAAAAAAAAAUCAUUCUGAAGGCGGGAUAAAUAAUCCCAUGGGUUGAAUCUUGUUGUUGUUGUUAUACUGCAUUAUACUGCAUUGAUAUUAAUAAUUAAUUAUUUUAAAAAAAACAAUGGGUCGAUUACUUGAAAUAAAAAUAUCUAAUUUUGCAUCAUUUCAUGGAUUAAUCAUGAUUGUCAGUGUUGGACUGUUGGGUGAUAUAAUAGGAAAAUCAAGUUUUAAAGAUGAAAUUGCUUUUGUCCUUGGAGAUUUUGAUGAGAGUCUAUGCAUCAUAUUCACUCUGGUUAAAGAACUUUAAUGGAGCAAAAACGAAAAACAAGGUGAUAUGAAUCAAUUUGGCAAUAUCUAAAUUACUUUGGCAAAAAGUUGAAAAACAAUUAUUAUUCACUCGUCUGAUAUAAAAAUGACGAUUACAAUAUGGAUAAUGUCUCUCAGUAUUUUUUCAAUUAGUCUUGCAAAAAAUGCUGACAAAUUAACAGGUGGUACAAGAAUAAGAAUUGAAGAUUAUCCACAUUAUGCUAGUGUUCGCCAUCGAGGCCAUCAUAUUUGUGGUGGAAGUAUCAUCACACCUUCCCAUAUUUUAACAAGUGCCAGUUGUGUUGUAUAUGAGUCAAUGGUGGUAACAGGAAAUCUUCAAGUUUUAAUUGGAUCAACAAGUAUAUUUUCCGAUGAACCAUCAAGUUCUCUUCAUGAAAUAAGCUUUAUUAUUUAUCACGAAGAUUAUUCAGCCAGAAAUUACUGGAUUCAUGACAUUGCCAUUCUCAAAUUGGAAUCACCAAUUUUUUUUUCAUCAAUACGUUCAAAGAUUGAUUUACCAGACCGUAGAAUUUCAGCUAGAUCAAUAGUUAGAGUUAUUGGCUGGAAUGAAUUUUUAAUCCCACAAAAUUCAGAAGCAAAAUAUCUUCAUAUGGUUUCAAUGAAAAUAAAUUCAUAUGCAGAAUGUCACCAAAUCAUUCAAGAUAAUCCAGGUGUACAUUUUUAUUAUCAUGCAUGUGCAUCAACAAUUCUUUCAAAUGAAGCCAUCACAUUGGGUGACAGUGGUGGUGCGGUUAUAUACAAAUCACAAGUUGUUGGAGUUAUUUCUGUUCAAAUUCCAAUAUCAAGAGGAAAGUCUCCAGUACUCAUUACAAAAGUUUUUGAUUACAUAGAGUGGAUUAAUAAAAUCAUUGACAAAGUGUAAUGAAUUAUUUGACUGUUAUUGGCUGGUGAGUUACAAGCUACUUAUACUGCACGUGUGAUAAAUUAUGAUUUUCUAACUGUCAUACAAGGUAAGAAAUCACAUUAUUUUUUAGUGCAUUUACUGCCAAUAUAAAAAUAAAUUCAUUUUCGUAAGUAAAUUUUUUUUUCCGUUGAAAAUGAUUCUAUGAGCGUAACAAACAAAAAGUAUGUCAGCUAAAUUUAUUAUUUCCGCCUUGAAAAUUAAUCACUCAAAUUUAUUGGAUAAACAUGAAUGACUUUUAUAUUUUAACUGAAUUUAAUUUAACAAAUUGUUAU